CGAAAACGAACUAAAGUGGAAGCAUAGAGUCUACCCUUGACCACCAAACAAAACCAAACCGGUUCCAGAAAAAAACACAAGCUUAAGCAUUUCUAUCUAUGUCUAUGCCAUUCGUCCACCAGAACUGACCAGAUGAUGUAGGCUUUUAGAUCCAAGUGAUGAAAGUUGAGCAAUUGGCAGCAGAAAAUAAUUUAGUGUGAAGCAAUAUGGGGAACACUUGUGUUGGUCCUAGCAUUUCGAAGAAUGGUAUUUUUCAUUCAGUUUCUCAAGCAAUUUGGCGGUCCGAAGCGCCUGAAGGAUCUGUGUCUACUAGAGGAUCUGUAAAUGAGGGAACAGCUAAUGAGCCUGAAUCACCCUUGCCUGUCCAAAGCAAACCUCCUGAGCAGAUCACUAUGCCGAAACCGGAAGCAGUGCAAAAGACGAAAUCAGAAACAGAACCGGAACCGGAAAAGGAGAAGAAUAAACCAAAGAGACCUACUUCUGUGAAGAGAGUUUCCAGUGCAGGACUUCGCGUUGAUUCUGUGUUACAGAGAGAAACAGAGAAUUUCAAGGAAUUCUUCAAGCUAGGGAGGAAACUGGGACAGGGUCAGUUCGGGACAACAUUCUUGUGUGUGGAGAAGGCUACCGGUCAUGAGUAUGCCUGUAAGUCUAUCGCGAAGAGGAAGCUGGUAGCAGAUGACGAUGUUGAGGAUGUGAGAAGAGAAAUUCAGAUAAUGCACCAUUUGUCUGGGAAUCCCAAUGUAAUUUCCAUCAAAGGUGCUUAUGAGGAUGCGGUGGCUGUCCAUGUUGUGAUGGAAUUAUGUGCUGGUGGUGAGCUUUUUGAUCGGAUCAUUCAGCGUGGGCAUUAUACUGAAAGAAAGGCAGCUGAACUUACUAGGACUAUAGUUGGGGUCGUGGAAGCUUGUCAUUCUCUAAGUGUGAUGCAUAGAGACCUUAAACCGGAGAAUUUUCUCUUUGUCAAUCAGCAUGAGGAUUCACUUCUAAAAACCAUUGACUUUGGGUUAUCUGUAUUCUUUAAGCCAGGUGAUAUAUUUAAUGAUGUGGUUGGCAGCCCUUAUUAUGUUGCUCCAGAAGUAUUGCGGAAGCGUUAUGGUCCUGAAGCAGAUGUGUGGAGUGCUGGAGUUAUCCUUUACAUUCUUUUGAGUGGAGUACCUCCAUUCUGGGCAGAAAGUGAACAAGGAAUAUUUGAACAGGUUCUGCAUGGUGAUCUUGACUUCUCUUCAGAUCCCUGGCCUGCAAUUUCUGAAAGUGCAAAAGAUUUAGUAAGGAAAAUGCUUGUUCGUGACCCUAGGAGGCGGCUGACUGCACAUCAAGUAUUAUGUCAUCCUUGGAUUCAAGUUGAUGGUGUAGCUCCUGACAAGCCACUUGAUUCUGCUGUCUUAAGUCGCUUGAAGCAAUUUUCUGCUAUGAACAAGCUUAAAAAAAUGGCUCUUAUAAUUAUUGCAGAGACCUUAUCUGAAGAAGAAAUAGCUGGCUUGAAAGAAAUGUUUAAGAUGAUAGAUGCAGACAAUAGUGGUCAAAUCACCUUUGAGGAACUUAAAGCUGGUUUGAAAAGAGUGGGCGCUAAUCUAAAUGAGUCAGAAAUUUAUGAUUUAAUGCAAGCGGCUGAUAUAGAUAACAGUGGGACCAUUGAUUAUGCCGAAUUCAUUGCCGCUACAUUGCAUCUUAACAAGGUUGAAAGAGAAGAUCACCUAUUUGCAGCCUUUAAUUACUUUGAUAAAGAUGGAAGCGGAUUUAUUACUCAGGAAGAACUUCAGCAGGCUUGUGAUGAGUUUGGCAUAAAAGAUGUGCGCUUAGAGGAGAUAAUCGGGGAAAUUGAUCAAGAUAAUGAUGGACGCAUAGACUAUAAUGAAUUUGUGGAUAUGAUGCAGAAAGGAAAUCGUUCUCUGGUUGGUAAGAAAGGCCUGGAAAACAGCUUCAGCAUUCGCUUCAGGGAGGCAUUAAAAUUAUAAUUUCCAUUGUCUUCAUUGAGAAUUUUUUUCUUCUUGCCUUACGUCCACUCUUAUUUCCCCUUCUUUAAUUGAUCUCAUGGGGACUAGUUGGACCUUUCUUUACUGCAGUUUUUUUUUUCUUUUUUCCUGUGUCAAAAUUAUAGUAUAAAUGGAUUUUGUAAUUACGAGAAUGUAUUGAACAGAGAUACCUGAUGGAGUUUUACUAUUGUAGAGGGAAUUGAUUAUUUAUCAAUUGGAUUAAUAGUGAAUGCAAACACCUGCGGUGGUGGCUUGGCUUGGCCAUAGUUUAUA